CAACCUUCGGAUAUUGCUGCCUUCGACCUUUACAUGUAGUUAUUGUAUGAUACAUCAGGAAGUGACUGAGGUGGGUCUACCUAAACCUGCCUACCUGCCUGUGUGAGUAUGACACAACAAGAGUUGACUGAGGUGGGUCUACCUAAGGCUACCUACCUGCCUGGCAGCCAUCCCCAGCUAGACAGAGCUCCAACAUGGUGGAAGAUGGCACUAAGAAAGGAGGAAGUCAGGAGAUGGUGGCAGGCAGGAGAUACUGCGGCUGGUCACGCUUUCGCUGCUGUUUCCUCAUCCUGCUCCUCACAGCGAUGGUCUUCUUCUUCACCAGCGACCGGUCAACAGAGUGGGCCACUUCACUAGACUGGGGCCCAAGAUGGUGGAUAGAAUACCGUGGUGGUUCAGCCAACAGAUCUGGUUCUACCAACACCACUAGUGCAGUAGUUUCUCCAAACUCCACUGCCUUUUCCAUAGACGCUCAUGAAACUGCAUCUGCCAAUUCAACAGAUCAUCAGACUUCACUUAUCAACUCUACUCAACAGGCCAUCAAACUCAACCCAACACAUAAUGAAACUGGUGCCAUCACGACUGCACUGACCAUCACCACUAAUCUGAUUACAGAGGUCAAGGCAGUUCUUGCCACUGGACUGGCCACUCCUGUUCCAUAUGUGUCCCCAGGACCGUACCAUGUAGAAUACCCAUCAGAGUACCACUUCAUUCUGGAUGAGCCGGAGAAAUGCCGGGAGCAGAACCCCUUCCUGGUUCUGGUGGUGCCAGUGGCGCCCUAUAACAGGGAGGCUCGUGACGCUGUCCGCAGUACUUGGGGCAGUGAGAGGCAGGUACUGGGCAAAGAGGUCCGUCUGUUCUUCCUGCUGGGACUUCCCAGUGGAGAGAGGACAGAGCAGCUCCAGGAGAAGGUGCUGCAGGAGAGCAAAGAGCACCAGGAUCUGCUGCAGAGCGACUUCAUAGACAGCUACAAAAACCUGACCAUCAAGACCAUGGUGAUGAUGGAGUGGCUGAGCUCUCGCUGCCCCAAAGCCUCCUACGCCAUGAAGAUCGACUCAGACAUGUUCCUCAACGUGAACACCUUGGUCAACAUGCUGCUUCACGCUCCAAAGCAGAACUACCAGACUGGACUAGUGGCCCAAUGGGGAGCAGUUCUAAGAGACCAUAACUCCAAAUGGUACCUUCCAAAGGAGGUGUUUCCUGAGAACAUAUACCCACCUUAUGCUCUGGGCCUGGGCUAUGUCUUCACCUUAGACCUCCCCAGGAAGCUGGUGGAGGCGUCCAGGCAUGUUAAAGCCAUCUACAUAGAGGAUGUGUAUCUGGGACUGUGUAUGAGACACCUGGGCAUUCGUCCUACUAACCCCCCCAAUGGAAACCUCUUCCAGGUUUUCCCUGUGGCUUAUGACCGCUGCACCUAUUCACGGCUGAUAGCCACCACCACACACAGUAUCACUCACCAGGUCAAAGCAUGGAAAGACUUACACAAACCUGGUCCUCCCUGCUGAUCACGUACACUAACAAACUGACUGAUGUACCAAUCACUUCCUCAUUGUUUGUUCAUACACUAACUAACUAACAAACAAAAAACGAAGAAGGUGGCGCCUCCAAGGGAUGGGGAAAGGAUAUAUAGCUUGGUGAAGAACAUUGACAACCUGAAUGGCCAGUUUCUCCGCGUUAUUUUUCUCUGAACCCAGGCAGACACCAUGCUGCUUAACAAAGACUGAGCGCAGCAGUUAUCUGUCUAACAUGGACAUGGUGACGGACUGGACAGGACUAAGAAAUGGAUAGUAAUCCUGCAGCAACAGGACAUGUGAAUUAUUAUGUGGAUUAUAAUUAAUGACAUUUUUUGUAAGGGGUUGAUACAUUUUUCUUGAGGGCAAAUCAAGUUUGAAAUGUUAAAGGGGUAAUUACAAACCUUAGAAGCCUUUUUAAACCACUACAACUGGCAUUUCCUGCCCUGCAGGAAAAAUUCUCUGCGACAACAGAGUGAUCAAAUAGAUAGCAGAUCUGCAUCAGUUAGUGGUGGAAAUAAGUAACAGGGGACUGUGAAGGAUAGGAUGAAGGGUGUUAUUUGGGACCAGGCACUGUCCCCAAAGUCACAAGUCAAAUGUCCCCAAAGUCACUUAGCUUUGUAUGAGUUGUUCAGUUUAUUAUGUGGUGGAAGGUUUAAUCGACCUAUCAGGAAGAGAUGAUGCUACCUCGCAUUCAUUUUGCACUUCGCAGGGAAUGUGGUUUGGCUGCAUUGAAGACAGCUGAGACAGCACACUGGGGCAUAACUAGCACUUCCUCCUUUGUUCAUUAUUAUUUUUUUAGCAGAUGCUCUCAUGCAGAGCGACUUACAGUAAGUGCAUACAUAUUUUUUUUUUUUCA